AUUGUACCAUCCAGUGCCCUGAACUGGUUUGUCAUAUUCCUUACAUUGUGACUGUGCCCAGUGUGUAAUGACAAGUAGGUGAAUUCAUUUCUCUCUCUUUAGGAUCUGAAGUAUGACGUCCUUGUUUUUUGUGAUCCUGCUGGUCUUUGGAUUGGUACAGAUGAACUCAUCCUCCUUCUAUGAUGGAGUUGAGGAGCUGAACAAUGACUUUAUUCUUAGUUGUGCAAAAGAUGCAAAACAGCUGGUGGAUACUGCUUACAAAAAAACUCGCCACAUCUUGAAGGAGCGUUUACGGACGCAGACCGCAACUGCUACUGAUGUCAUGGCGUAUUUCAAACAACCUGUGGCUGGCAGCAGGACAGCCAUACGAUCUGCUGACUAUAUGGGCACCACUCUCCAACUCCUGACAGAGAGAGUGAAAAAAUUUCAUCAGGGUCGUUUCAAUAUCACAGAUAUUCUGACAGCUGGACAGUUGGAUGGUAUUUAUAAGGUGACUGGCUGUGCUUACCAGAAUCUUCCAAAGGCUUGUCAGGAAAGCCCCUAUCGGACAAUUACAGGACAAUGCAAUAACAGGAGGAACCCUCUCCUUGGUGCUUCCAACACUGGGUUUACACGUUUGCUGCCAGCUGAAUAUGAAGACGGCACCACCCUUCCACGUGGUUGGACGCUAGAGCGGCCAAUCAAUGGUUUCCGGCUACCCUUGUCACGUGCAGUAUCCAAUUCGCUUGUCCGUUUCCCUAAUGAGAAUUUGACUAUAGAUAGCGAAAGGUCCCUUAUGUUCAUGCAGUUUGGUCAGUGGACAGACCACGACCUUGAUCUCUCUCCUGAGACCCCAGCACGGUCAACAUUUCUUGAAGGCCUGGACUGUGACCACACAUGUGUCCGAGAGCAGCCCUGCUUCCCUCUGGGGAUUCCACCAAAUGAUCCCAGGAUUCGUAAUCAGAGUGACUGUAUUCCACUUUUCCGUUCAGCUCCUGUGUGCGUUCCUGGAUCUCCUGUACGUGAGCAAAUUAACAUUCUCACCUCGUUCCUUGAUGGAAGCCAAGUGUAUGGUAGUGAUUGGGCACUUGGUACUAAGCUCCGUAACAACUCAAACCAAUUGGGUCUGAUGGCUAUUAACCAGAAUUUUACUGACAACGGACUCCCUUACUUGCCUUUUCAAACCGAUGGGGUGGAUGGAGUGGAUUUCUGUGUCCUGACAAACAAAUCAUCUGGAAUACCUUGCUUCUUAGGAGGAGACCCUCGUGUCAGUGAACAACCUGGUCUCACAGCUUUUCACACCAUUUUUGUGCGAGAACACAAUCGUAUUGCUACAGAACUGCGCAGAUUAAACCCUCGCUGGUCAGGUGAAACUCUGUACCAAGAAGCUAGGAAAAUCGUAGGGGGGAUCUUACAGAAAAUAACCUACAAAGAUUGGCUGCCCCUUUUGCUGGGCUCAAAGCUGAAUCAGGUCAUUCCUCCAUACAGAGGCUACAAUGAGUCUGUAGAUCCAAGAGUAGCCAAUGUCUUUACUGUUGUCUUCCGCAUGGGUCAUACACUUAUACGGCCAUUCAUCUUCCGGCUAGCAGACGGCUAUAGACCUUUGCAACCAGAAUCCAUGGUGCCACUGCACAUGACCUUCUUUAACAGUUGGAGGGUGGUCCGAGAAGGAGGAAUUGAUCCACUUCUCCGCGGCCUUAUGGCAACCCGAGCUAAACUGAAUCGCCAAAACCAGAUUGUGGUUGAUGAGCUCAGGGAGCGUCUUUUCAAGCUUUUUAAACGCCUUGGCCUUGAUCUGCCAGCCAUCAACAUGCAACGUGGUCGAGAACAUGCCAUACCAGGGUACAAUGCAUGGAGGAGGUUUUGUGGUCUCUCUCAGCCUCGGAAUUUAGAAGAGCUGGCAGCAGUGCUACGAAAUAGAGAGUUGGCUCAAAAAUUCAUGAAUCUGUAUGGGACACCUGCAAAUAUUGACAUCUGGAUGGGAGGUGUCGCUGAGCCUCUGGUGCCAGGAGGCAGAAUUGGUGAGCUGCUUUCUUGUCUGAUUGGGAACCAGCUCCGUAGAGCACGUGAUGGGGAUCGAUUUUAUUAUGAGCAAACUUCAGUAUUUAAUGCAGCUCAGAGGAGAUCAAUAGAACGGGUAACUUUGGCUCGUGUCGUCUGUGAGAACACCAGGAUUACUGAAGUCCCUGUAAAUGUGUUUAUGGGUAACAGCUACCCUGCAGAUUUUGUAAGAUGCUCCCGGAUCCCUGCUCUGGACUUGAGACCCUGGAGAAGAAGGGAAAAUGGAGCAGAGCCUGAAGAUUUCUCUUACUAGGAACAUACACAUAAGAUCUACAGAGUGAAAAUGUUAAUUGGAAGUGCAGUGCUCACGCAUCUUUUUUUAUAAAGCACGUUGUGCCAUUUGCUUUUCUUGAUAAUCAUAUUUUGUGGAUAGUUCCAUUUAAAGCAAAAUCUUCAGAUAAAUGUACAAUAUCUAAUAAAGAUUGUAUCUGAAAGAGAUAUGUUAUUAUUAAACAUUGUGCAUAUACAUUUUAGAGUACAGUGUAAGCAUUUUGGUUGACAUUUUUUUAUUUGGGAAAAGGUUGCAUAAAUAUGUUUGAAACACCUCAUAUACUAAAUCAUUGCAAAGGAUGUGCGUGUCUAUGUGUGAAUAAAAGUGUUUAUGUGUCUAUGUAUAUAUGAGUGUGUAUAUCUGAGUGAGUGUGUGUAUAUGUGUGAAUGAGUGUGUGUGAGUGUGCAUGUAUGUGUAUAUGUGUGAAUUAAUGUGUGUAUCUGAGUGAGUGUGUGUAAGUGCAUAUAUGAGUGUGUCUGUGUGUGUGUGUUUAUGUACUGUAUAUGAGUGAAUGAGUGUGUAUAUCUGAGUGAGUGUGUGUGCGAGUGUGUCUGUGUGUGUGUGUAUAUUUGUGAAUUAGUGUGUGUAUGUGAGUGAGUGUAUAUCUGUGAAUUAGUGUGUGUAUUUGAGUGAGUGUGUGUGAGUGCAUAUUUGUGAAUUAGUGUGUGUUUGUCAGUGUGUAACAGUUUUAAGUAUAAGUAUCAGCUAUAAAUAUACUACAUUGACCUACAGACAGCUGACAAGGGGAGGUUAGGGCCAGAAUAUUGUUCCCCAUCAUUAUUAGCAUUUUGCAACAGAAAUGUAAUUUUUUUGCUGCAUGCAAAUGUGGGUUGAUCACAUUUCUUUAGAAAAAUGUGUCAAAUUAUUUAUCUACAUAAAUCCCCAUAGAUCUAAAUAGUGAUUUUCUUUUGAAAAAUGAAGUAAGUUUUUCUAAAGGAUUUUGGUCGACCCCUGUGUUAGUAAUAUUCUAGUUAUGCAUUUAUCAUCCUUAAGGCAUUAGCUUUCUUUCCAAGUGAUUUUUAUUGCUCGUUACAGAAGUUACUCAGAUGUGAAUGGUAACUGUAGUGAUUUUUACAAUAAAUGACAUUUAAAUCAA